GAGCAGAAGCAGGUAAGUUUGCCAACCAAAUCAGGCGGAGCAUUCAAUCUCACACUCCUCGUUUCUAUCGACCCUUACCCCUUUUAAACCUUAAUAAAACCCAAUUCUUCCCUCUUCUUCUCUACUCUCUCUCUCUCUCUCCUCUCCUUGAGAUCUGGGUUUUAGGCUAUUUGGAUUUCAACAAUGGAGGCCACAUUGCCAGUGUGCAAAUCUGUUGUUACUUCAACAACUCCUGGCUUAUUCAUGGGGAGAACUGGAGGAAUUGGGAGUUCCCAAUGUAGCUUUAUGGUCGGAAGUAGGAUAAAUUUUCCAAGACAAAGAGUUCGAGCUGCCCAAGUUAGCCGUAAAGCUAAAAAAAAUGGUGCAGGUGCUCUUGGGGCAACAUGCCGUGCUGAUAAAAUUUUGAUUGCAAAUAGAGGAGAAAUUGCUGUUCGUGUUAUCCGAACUGCACACGAGAUGGGUAUACCUUGUGUUGCUGUUUACUCAACCAUAGACAAGGAUGCACUUCAUGUGAAAUUGGCUGAUGAAUCAGUUUGCAUAGGUGAAGCACCAAGCAGUCAGUCGUACUUGUUGAUUCCAAAUGUUUUAUCGGCUGCUAUAAGCCGUGGAUGUACAAUGUUGCACCCUGGUUAUGGUUUCCUUGCUGAGAAUGCAGUAUUUGUUGAAAUGUGUAGAGAACAUGGGAUCAACUUUAUUGGGCCUAAUCCUGACAGUAUCCGAGUCAUGGGUGACAAAUCAACUGCCAGAGAAACAAUGAAGAAUGCAGGUGUUCCAACGGUACCAGGGAGUCAGGGGUUGCUACAGAGUACAGAGGAAGCAGUGAAGCUUGCUAAUGAGAUUGGAUAUCCUGUGAUGAUCAAGGCAACAGCAGGUGGUGGAGGACGUGGAAUGCGCCUUGCUAAAGAACCUGAUGAGUUUGUGAAGUUGUUACAGCAAGCUAAGAGCGAGGCAGCUGCAGCAUUUGGAAAUGAUGGAGUUUAUUUGGAGAAGUACAUUCAAAAUCCACGGCAUAUUGAGUUCCAGGUUCUGGCUGAUAAAUAUGGAAAUGUUGUCCACUUUGGUGAGCGUGACUGCAGCAUCCAGAGACGUAAUCAAAAGCUGCUCGAAGAGGCCCCUUCUCCUGCAUUGACCGCUGAGUUGCGGAAAGCUAUGGGUGAUGCUGCUGUUGCAGCAGCAGCAUCUAUAGGGUAUAUUGGUGUUGGAACAGUUGAGUUCCUUUUGGAUGAAAGAGGUUCCUUCUACUUCAUGGAAAUGAACACUCGAAUCCAGGUUGAACAUCCAGUAACUGAAAUGAUUUCCUCUGUUGAUUUGAUUGAGGAACAAAUUCGUGUAGCCAUGGGAGAAAAGCUCCGUUAUACACAGGAAAAUAUUGUGCUCAGAGGACAUUCAAUUGAAUGCCGUAUCAAUGCGGAAGAUGCUUUUAAGGGAUUCCGACCUGGGCCAGGAAGAAUAACAGCAUAUUUGCCAUCUGGAGGCCCGUUUGUCAGAAUGGAUAGCCAUGUUUAUCCUGAUUAUGUGGUUCCUCCAAGCUAUGAUUCCCUACUGGGAAAGCUUAUCGUGUGGGCCCCAACUAGAGAAAAGGCAAUUGAACGCAUGAAAAGAGCACUGGAGGACACUAUUAUUACAGGUGUCCCUACAACCAUCGAUUACCAUAAACUUAUCCUUGACAUUGAGGACUUUAGAAAUGGCAAGGUUGACACUGCUUUCAUUCCUAAGCAUGAGCAGGAACUAGCAGCGCCGCAGAAUAUUGUACCGGUGAAGGAAUUGGCCAAUGCAACUGCAUAGAUAUAUUUAUUUCAGAAGCAUUUGGAAGGCCAAGUUUGAGGGAAAAGGGCACUAAAGGCUUCAUCAGUGAGCAUUUGAAAGAAUUGAAUGUGAGAAAUCUUGAUGAAAUUUUUGAUGUUGUAUGUGUUCCCUUAAUUAAAUUAAUUGACAAAAUCCUUAUCAUGAACACAACACAAGUCAUAGAGUUUGAUACUGAACUUGGAUGGAAUAUGUUGUCUGUUGGGAGCUUAGAACUUGCGUUACAAUCUAAUUUUACUGAUAA